CAGGAAAAGAUGACCUUACUGUGGGAGCAGCUACAAGUGGAAGGGUGAAGUUUUACCCCUGGACAAUAGACAAUAAAUACUACUCUGCAGAUAUUCACCUCUGCGUAGUACCAAACACAUUUCUUGUUACUGCAGAUAUCGCUGAAUCAGUGCAAGCAUUUGUUGUAUACUUCGACAGCACAAUAAAAUCUGGACUUGAUAGUGUCUCUGAAUGGCUUCCCCUGACAGAAGAGUGGUUACCAGAAGUCAUGAUCCUUGUUUGUAACAGAGUAUCUGAAAAUGGUGUUAAUAGACAGAAAGCUCAAGAAUGGUGCAUCAAGCACGGCUUUGAACUGGUGGAACUUAGCCCUGAGGAACUGCCUGAUGAAGAUGAUGACUUUCCAGAGUCCACCGGAGUGAAGCGAAUUGUACAAGCCCUGAAUGCCAACGUGUGGUCCAACGUAGUCAUGAAGAGAGACAGGACCCAGGGCUUUGGUCUUCUCAGCACGUUAGCGGGUGCGAACUGUAGCAUCGGGUCAGAGGAGAGCCAAGAUACAGAACCCAAUCCAUCAUCAGCAGACGGAGAAGAAUCCCAUUUAGACAACAGGGAAGAUGGAGCUAGCACAAACAACCUACAGAUGGACAGCAUCGCAGACCCCGUGUUGGACACGGACAUUCAGGAGCUGGCCAGCCUGACCACCAGAGAGGGUGACCUGGAGAACUUUGAAAGGCUGUUUUCAAAGCUGAAAGAAAUGAAAGAUAAAGCUGCAACGUUGCCUCAUGAGCAGAGGAAACUACACGCAGAAAAGGUGGCCAAAGCAUUCUGGAUGGCAAUUGGAGGAGACAGAGAUGAAAUUGAAGGUCUCUCCUCGGAUGAGGAAAACUGAGUUCUGUAGCUGUAAGCACCAGAGCAGCCCUCAAAGAGAGAUCUUUUCCUGCCAUGAGUGUUCAUUGUGAAAGCCCUGUUUAGCUUUAGUUUCUUUCUUUGGUUAAAGGCCUCCCUGCAUCACUGUAGGAAGUUACACAUUCCACAGCACCUAAUGUUAGAGUGGUUUUGUCUGACUGUUCAGUUAUUCUCUCAGAGAGAAUCCUGGAAGGCGACACGAGCACUUAGAGGAAAUAAUAAUCCCUUUACGUUUUCCAAAUUAACAUUUUCAUUGUUUCCUCUUUUGAGUUUAAAUAAGCAGGUUCACUGCUGGUUCUCUCCCUACAUAUGGCUGCUGCUGGUGAAGUGACUACUUAAUUCUAAACUCAACAUUUUAGAUGUAGGCCUAUUGAUGUUUUUAUGUGGCUUUAUAGCUGACUUACUAGUUAAAACAAACCAGAUUUAUAUGAGCCAUGAAGAG